AUGGCUUCCGCCGAGCUCACAGAGGCCGUCGAGCCCAAGAAGAAGAGCAACGUCAAGUAUGCCUCCAUCUGUGCCAUCCUCGCCUCCAUGGCCUCCGUCAUCCUUGGCUAUGGUACCCAUUCUUUCGUUGUUGUCAAAAUAUAUAUUUCGUUUUGCUUUCCAAGAUUGGAGAUCAUGAUAGGCAUUCUCAGUGUCUACUCGCUGAUCGGUUCCUUCGCUGGCGCGCGGACGUCCGACAGGAUCGGUCGCCGCUUGACCGUUGUCUUCGCGGCUCUCAUCUUCUUCGUGGGCGCGUUGCUCAUGGGUUUUGCCGUCAACUACGGCAUGCUCAUGGUGGGACGCUUCGUGGCCGGAGUUGGUGUUGGCUACGGGGGUAUGAUUGCGCCCGUGUACACCGCCGAGAUCUCGCCGGCGGCAUCCCGCGGCUUCCUCACGUCCUUCCCGGAAGUGUUCAUCAACAUCGGUAUCCUGCUCGGCUACGUAUCGAACUUCGCGUUCGCUCGCCUCCCGCUCCACCUCGGCUGGCGUGUUAUGCUCGGCAUUGGCGCAGCGCCGUCCGCCCUGCUCGCGCUCAUGGUGUUUUUCAUGCCCGAGUCGCCUCGGUGGCUUGUCAUGAAGGGCCGCCUCGCGGACGCCAGGGCUGUGCUAGAGAAGACCUCUGCCUCGCCAGAGGAGGCCGCAGAGCGGCUGGCUGACAUCAAGGUUGCCGCGGGGAUUCCAAAGGACCUCGACGGAGACGUGGUCACCGUACCCAAGGAGCGGAACGGUGGUGAGAUGCAGGUGUGGAAGGCGCUCAUCUUUUCCCCAACCCCGGUGAUCCGCCGCAUACUGCUAUCGGGCGUCGGCCUGCACUUCUUCCAGCAGGCUUCUGGCAGCGAUUCCGUCGUCCUGUACAGCCCGAGCGUGUUCAAGAGCGCGGGAAUCACCGGCGACAACAAGCUCCUGGGCGUCACCUGCGCGGUGGGCGUCACCAAGACGCUUUUCAUCCUGGUGGCCACGUUCCUGCUGGACCGCGUCGGGCGUCGGCCUCUGCUGCUGACCAGCGCGGGUGGAAUGAUCAUCUCUCUCAUCGGCCUCGGGACGGGCCUCACAGUCGUGGGGCAUCACCUGGACGCCAAGAUCCCGUCGGCCGUCGCUCUGUGCAUCGCGUCCACCUUGGCCUUCGUCGCCUUCUUCUCUAUCGGCCUCGGCCCCAUCACGGGUGUGUACAACUCGGAGAUAUUUCCGCUGCAGGUGCGCGCGCUGGGCUACGCGGUCGGCUUGGCGUGCAACCGCGUUACCAGCGCCGUGAUCUCCAUGACCUUCCUGUCCCUCUCGAAGGGCAUCACAAUCGGCGGCAGCUUCUUCCUCUACUCCGGCAUCGCUGCGGUCGGGUGGGUUUUCUUCUUCACGUGCCUUCCGGAGACCCGCGGUCGUACGCUGGAGGAGAUGGGCAAGCUGUUCGGCAUGCCAGACACGGACAUGGCUGACGCAGACAACGCCGCUGCCAAGGAGAAGGUGGUGGAAAUGCCCACCAAGGAGAUGGGAGGAGAACACAACUACUCGGCCCUAGUCGGCAGUGCCGGCAAUCAUUGA